AUGAUUGGGGAGGUUUUAUCCGGUGCGGCGCACCCCACGGCCUCAGUUUUCAGCCGGCUAAUCAGCGACGCCCACAGCGACUCCAUCCUCAGGCUCAACCACUACCUGCCCACGUGUCAUCCCAAGAUCGGGUUCGGGGAGCACACCGACCCGCAGAUCCUGACCCUACUCCGAUCCAACGCCGUUGGCGGACUCCAGGUCUCCACGGAGGACGGGGUGUGGGUCCCGGUCAGCCCCUACCCGGACUCGGCCUUUUGCGUCAAUGUGGGCGACGUGCUGCAGAUUAUGACGAACGGAAGGUUGAGGAGCGUGAAACACCGAGCAGUGGUGGACUCGUAUGGGUCGAGAAUGUCGAUGGCCUACUUUGCGGCCCCACCGUUGGAUGCCAAAAUAAGUUGCAUAAGUCUCGGACCGAACGAACCUCAAAAGCCACCACUCUACAAGAGCUUUACUUGGGCUGAGUACAAGAAAGCCGCUUAUAACCUUAGGUUAGGUGAUAGCCGUCUUAAUCUCUUCAAAAAUGGUGCAUCAUGA